AUGCCAUGCCUAGACAAUAAACAGCUCUAUAUAUAUAUUGGCCAACCCUCUCCUUCCAUGAUCAUAGCCAAUUUACCCUUGACUUUAAAACCCAAAUCAAGAGACAUGGAAGCAAUUCAGAAAUCCCCAUCUAUGUUCCCAAUCCCACCCCAUCAAGCUCUUCUGCCACCCAAGAUUACCCAUGACUCCAAAAUCUCACCUCUGACUCCAUUCUCAGCCGUUGCUCCGGCUCGCCUUCUCGGGAUCUCUAGGCUCAAAGUACACUCAACUCUUGAAACAAUAGAGGAAGAAGAGAUUGUAGAAGGCUGCUUUGAGGCCUCUGAUACUUGCAAAGAAGAAACUGCAGACCGUUGCUUUGAGUCUUCCAUUACCACUCCAGCUUCAUUUUUGUCAGCAAGGUCGACAUGUUCAUUUGACAUGCAAAAGUCUUUGGCAUCUUAUGGUGGUCACAACUGCCAGUGUGCUUAA